AAACUUCUCUGCCUCCUCUCUCCAGUGACACAUAUAUAUAGUAGCUCAAGCACCAGCCGCUCGUGUCACCAUUCUCCUCUUGCGAUUUCACCACCACCGCCACGGCCUCUGCCUCUCGCUCUCUCUCUCUCUAGGCGGCGCAAAUGGCAGCCUGCGUCGACAAGUGGCCGCCGGCGGCGUACCUGUGCCGCCUGCCGGAGAAGUUCUACUGCGUCUUGCCGGACUGCACCGCUACGGACCGUCCGGUGGUCACCGCAUCGGCGGCGCCGGCGCCGGCCGCUAGCGGGAGCAGCGGCGACUACGUGUGGGACGUGCUGCGCGCCGAGGCGCAGGACGACGCGGACGACGAGCCGCUCCUCCGCAAGUUCUACCACGACCUCGUCCUGUCGCGGCCGUCGCUGGAGUCCGCGCUCGCCUCGCUGCUGGCGGCCAAGCUCUGCAUCCCCGGCGCGCUGCCGCAGGACCAGCUCCGGGACCUCCUCGCCGGCGCGCUCGCCGCGCACCCGGAGGCCGGGCGCGCCGCGCGCGCCGACCUCGUCGCGGCGCGCGACCGCGACCCGGCCUGCGCCAAGAUGGUCCACUGCUUCCUCUACUACAAGGGCUUCCUGGCACUGCAGGCCCACCGCGCGGCGCACGCGCUCUGGUCCGACAACCGCAGGGCGCCGGCUCUCCUCCUCCAGAGCCGCGCCUCCGAGGUGUUCGGCGUCGACAUCCACCCCGGUGCGCGCAUUGGCUGCGGCAUCCUGCUCGACCACGCCACGGGCGUCGUCAUCGGCGAGACGGCCGUCGUCGGCUACGACGUGUCCAUCCUGCACGGGGUGACGCUGGGCGGCACGGGGAAGGAGUCCGGCGACCGGCACCCCAAGGUCGGGGACGGUGUGCUGAUCGGCGCCGGGGCGAGCGUGCUCGGCAAUGUGCACAUUGGCGACGGAGCGAAGAUCGGAGCCGGCGCAGUCGUGCUACGGGACGUGGCGGACGGAACCACGGCCGUCGGGAACCCAGCGAAGCCGAUCAUCGGCAAGAAGGCGGCGCCGCAACGGCGGCCGGAAGAGCUUCCCGGGGUAACCAUGGAGCAGAGAUGGUCGGAUUGAAUGGCUUGCAUAGCGUGCAGUGUGAACGCAAAAUGGUUAGUAACUUUUAGUACAAGAGAGUUUCCCACCAAAAGUUAUUUUCUGGUGAUGACUACUCUUGUAAACCUAUACUACUCUAUAGAGAUUAGACAAGUAUUUGGCCUGGGAAUGAGCUCAAUUAGCAUUGAGCCCUUUCAAGUCAAAACUUUUUUUUUCAUUUUUUUUUACUUUUCCUAAGGAAUAACGAAAAACGUCUCUGAUCAUCUAUUGCCUCCUUGUAAGUAUAGUAGGAGCUCAUCCUCUUGUAUGUUCUUCUGCUUCUUUGGAAGAUCAUAUCUUUCUUCUUACAAUGUGAAAUACGGAUGCUUUCUUAAAUACUGAUUGAUACA